UGAAGGUAACCCUGGCCUUUUGGUUUACAUAUAGAGUACCCAAAUUGAUGGAUCAGACCUAAAACCAUCCAUAUCUGUGAUCCUUGAUAGCUCUCUUAAUAAGAUCAAGCAAGCUAUUGAGGUUGGAGGAUUACCUAAUAAUUAUUCCUUCAUUGCUAAAAAGGAACCUCUUGAUGAAGACUCUCCUGAGCGAGAAAAAGAUGUAACUUCCAUAAUCAGAAGUAAUUUUAUCAAAAAAAUGAGAAAAGUCCUUCAUAACGAAAUCCAGCAGAUGAGAGUGAGAGAUAUGCUUACGAAAUAAAGAAUUUGAGAAAUGCAUGGCUAAUCUAGAAACCAGAUACAGCAAAUUGAAAGAAAUGGGAGACAAAACUAAUGAAGAAGUUGAAGAGUUUCUUCGACAAGCUAUAACAUCUGUUACUCUAAAUUCAAUAAAAGAAAUUAAAACAUUAUCUUACAAAGAGAGAGUUAGGGAUUAUGAAAGCAACCAAGAGGAGAAGCUUAAAAGAGCUGAAGAGUUGGUCAAUAAGUACAAACUUCAAAGGGAAAGAUUAACUCGGAACUCUACUAAGAAAGAACACAAAAGUGAGCAACUUAUCAAGAUAAAACUUGAGCAAACAAAGCAAAGGUUGCAACAACAGAAGUCUAAGAAAAGGGAAGAGAUCAUCAUCAGAAUGGAAAAGGCAAAGGAUGUUAACAAAAUUAUCAAGAAAAAUCACAGAAAGAAUAUAAAUGAAAGCAAAUAAAUAUCUUGACCACCCAUAUACUUAUGAAAAGAUGGAGAAAGAAUAUGAAAAAUAAUGUGAUAUUUCCUCAACUGAAGCAGAGUCAUGAGUUUCUCAAAGCCAAAUAAAAUGAUAAGUGAUUC